CAUUUCCCGUAGUAACCUUUCCUGACUGCCUGUUGGUGCGUGUGCGCCUCCUGUCUUGAAAGAGAGGUGAAGAAUAGUUUACUUUCCAUAGUUCAAGGUUUGGUGUCGGUGUUCGCUUGAAGUAAAGGCUUUUGCCGAGGCGUUAAGCCCCCGUUCACGGAGCCAAGAUGCUGAACAUGUGGAAAGUUAGGGAGCUGGUUGACAAAGCAACCAAUGUCGUGAUGAACUACUCUGAGGUGGAGUCUAAGGUCAGAGAAGCCACCAAUGAUGACCCCUGGGGACCAUCAGGACAGCUCAUGAGUGAAAUUUCUAGAGCCACGUUCAUGUAUGAACAGUUCCCAGAGGUGAUGAACAUGCUGUGGGCCCGUAUGCUGCGGGAUAACAAGAAGAACUGGAGGAGAGUCUACAAGUCCCUACUACUGCUGGCCCAUCUCAUCAGGAAUGGGUCUGAAAGGGUUGUGACAAGUGCCAGAGAACAUCUGUAUGACUUGCGGUCACUAGAAAGCUACCAUUUUGUAGAUGAGAAUGGGAAGGACCAAGGUGUGAAUGUUCGUCAGAAGGUGAAGGAGCUGGUGGAGUUUGUUCAGGACGAUGACAGGCUCAGGGAAGAACGGAAAAAGGCAAAGAAGAACAAAGACAAAUACAUUGGUGUAUCCUCAGACAGUAUGGGAUAUCGAGGUUUCUCGGGGGACAGGUAUGACUCCGGUGAUAAAAAGUGGGAUGAUGACUGGGAAAAAAAAGGGCCAUUCCCCUUCAGUGAUAAAUUGGGGGAAAUCAGUGACAAAAUUGGCAGCACCAUUGACGACACCAUAAGCAGGUUUAGAAAGAAGGACAGAGACGACUCACCAGAUCGAUUCAGUGACAAUGAGGAGGACAGGGGUCGAUCCUCUCGCAAUGGCCAGCAGGGGAAAGAGUUCAAAGAUGAAGAGGAGACUGUUACCACAAAGAGUGUACAGAUUGUCCAAGCAACAGAGACAACAGCAACACGAAAGAGAGGAGGGAUACCGUCCAAGAAAGUAGACCUUGGGGCCGCAGCCCACUACACAGGAGACAAGAGCCCAGAUACUACCGCCAAACAGACCCAGCCGGCUGCAGCUGCAGCCCCUCAGCCAUCCAAUACUGCCCUUGCUGACCUACUGAUGGUGGACACAGCACCUAGUCGGCCUGCUGCCACAGACCUGAUCGGUGGGUUUGCUGACUUCUCCUCACCUGCUGCCUCUGCUGGACUGUCCUCUGGAUCAGCACCGGCGUCCAGCACCAAUGGAGACUUUGGCGAAUGGAAUGCUUUUCCUGGAGGUCAGAUGCCAGCACCUGCUCAGACUGCCGACAUUAGUGGAAAUGACCUUUUCAGUGCCAUGACAGCAGGUCCUUCUGCUGCCAUGCCAGUCGCUGCCCCGGCCCCAGCUUCUGGCUCUGGUCUUGCCUCAGCAAGCCUGUUUGACUUGAUGGCGCCAACACAGUCCCUCACUGCCUCUCAGAGCCUCAGCUUUAACAUGAGCAGCACACAGAACAUGACCACCACAGUCCUACCACAGUCUAAGUCACAGCCCCUCCAGAUGAUGGGGGGUCCUCUACAACCACAGCCCCUUCAGCCUGUACAGCAGGGAGUGUCAUCUCAAGGUGCAGGAGCCAAAGCAUCUCUUCCAUCCACCUGGUCAGAUCCCUCAGUUAAUAUCAGCCUGGACUUCCUGGGCCCUGGGAUGCAUCCCCCCAAACCUAGCCAGCCCAGUCUCAACACCCUUCAACAAGGCAACCAGGCACCUCCUAACAUGCUCUCCCAGGGAUUUUCCAAUAUGAGUCUUGGAUCUACAGCUGUCCGACCUCCUGUUAAUCCCAUGAUGCACCCCGGUGCUGGCAUGGGAAUGGGUAUGGGAAUGGGCAUGGCCCCCAAUCAGGGCAUGAUGGGGAUGGGGAUGAACAUGGGGAUGCAUCAGGGUGGUUUGAACAUGAGAAUGCCACAGGGAGGUAUGACAAUGGGGAUGCCUGGUGGAAUGGGAAUGGGAAUGAACCCUGCAAUGGUCCAACAGCCCAAACAAGAUGCCUUUGCUGACUUUGGAAAUUUUGGAAAGUGAUGGAACUGGAGAGCAAAGAUUAUCAGAGGAGCAGUGGCAGUCUCCCUCUCCGUCCACUGGUGAAGGAUUGUUAAGAGCUGCAAACAAAGAGUACUUGAAUAAUGUCAAUUAUCAUAAUACCAACACCCUGCAAUCUCUUUUCUAUAGUAAUAUAGUGAUUUGAAUCUAAUUGAAUGAGUGUGUGUAUGUGCGUGUGUGCGUAUUUGUUGUUUGAACCAAUGAUCUGUCAGGUCUGGGUUCGUGGUCGGACACACUGAGGAUAGUGUGCCUUAGUAGGUUAGUUGUAAAUCAGUGAGCAAAAAGAAGAAGAAAGUGCCACUGAGAGAAUGUCGGGGGAUUUGCUUUAUAACCUCAAUCAAGUGAAAUCACCAGAAUAGCAAAAAAAUAUCAAUUAAUAGCUGCAUUUUUUUUCCUUUUUCUUUGCUAUACAUUGUCAAUAACUUUACUGAAUGAUACAUUUGGAUAACUUAAUCUGCCAUUUUAACUUUCUAACAUACAUUGAAGAAUGUCAAGUUACCUCUUUUUGUGUGUGUGUUCUUGCUCUUUCCUUGACAUGUAAAUAGAAAUCUGGAGCCGAAAUAAUAAUUUAUGAAGCUCAUAUAUAAGAGGUGGUGACAAUGUGAAGAAUUGCAUCGUGCAGACCAAAUCUGAUAUGAUUUAAGAACUAUAACAAAGCACACUGACUCCUUCUCUUUGUAUCCACACUCCAAAUGUGCCUACAGCUGGAGUAAUUAAUUUUGUAGUCAAAGCUAUAAAUUAAUUUGAGGAAUUACUCCUUCAAGACCAUCAUUUGCUGCCUUUCUUAUUGGUAUAUAUAUAUCUAUAUAUUUUUCUUCUGAGAAAUAUUAUAAUCAGUUAGCAUCCAAAUGAGAUAAUCAGUAGGUAGAAAAGCCUCAUACAGGGGUACAGAGUGCCUGAAAGACCUUUGCCUUUUCCCUUCAGUUAACCUCUUUGAAGGCGACAAUGUGACUGUGCAGUGUUGAAGUUAGCUUUGAGGAUGGAGGUUUUGUUCUCGGUACAAACAUGCCUAUGCCUCAAGCCAAGUGUACUGUCUGUACAGAUAGGAGAUGCAGUUGUUUCACUAGUUCUGUUUUGUUCAUCUGAUGCAACUUUUUUGUUGUUGUUGUUUUUCAGUCUGUUCAGGCCAGUGAGAGCUUCAGAGCUACAAAACACCAAGAAAUUCAUUCAGACCUCAAGUGUUGAUUCAGACUGUUAAGAUUGUAAAAUGCAUCUGUCUGUUAGGUGUUCAUCAGUGCAUUUUGGUGCAUGAUGCCUUCCGUAUUGAUUUAAUGUUGCACAUUAAAGCAGAAAUCCUGAAAAGAUUUUCCAUCAUAACUGCCACCAGUCUGACUCUGUGUGUUUAGCGACUUAUUAGGUACAGGAGAUUGUGUGAGAGGAAGCACUUUUACCUGCUGUGGUGCAGAUUGUACAUACCCAGUAUGUUGGUUGGAUGCAUUUGUGUCAUCUGGUAGCACAUCAUGAACAGUCCCAUCCUGCUGUUACACUAUAGAUGUACACAACAUUGCAUUUCAGCGGUUCAAGUGCCUGCCGAUAGUCACCUCCUGAUCCUUGUGAUGAGUGAUAAUCAAAAUUGAAUCUUGACUGCCUGACAAUUUUUUUUUGGCAUGUCAACGCUGAGAUAAAUAAUUCACUGACCAGAGGAGGAGGCAGUGGAUUUUGCAGCCUCAGGAGGAUUUAAGUUGUGCUUUCCUACUCCCCCCUCCCCAAGGGCUCAUGAGGCUGAGCACACUAACACAUAGUAGCCUUGCAUCGGUGUCUGAAGCAUUAAAAUGACCAAAAUCUGUUUGCUGUUUUUUCUAAUAUAUAUCUAGAGGUUUGUUUUAUGCAUUUUGUUUUCUACUUUAAAUCCUCUCGGUCGUCUCUAAAAUGGGAUUGUGAAACACUAGUAUAUGCAAAUGUAAAAACAUGAAAAUCCUUAUAGAAAAUGAAAUUUUGCGUUAUUCCCAUUUUGAUUUGAUUUACAUAUCGAGAUUCUUUAUCUACAACAUUAAACAGUUGAUUGAAA